AACUGAGGAAAAGAAUAAAAAGAAAAAAAAAAGGGGUAAAAAAGAAAAGAAACCUUCGCUUUCUCCUCCACACUCUUGGUUUUCCUCGAAGAAUCCCCCGGCAGCUUCGAUCCGACAGCAAUGGCUAAUAUUCUGCUCAGCUGCAGAAUGGGGGAAAUUCGUAGUUUGUGAAGAGGGCGCUGGUAUUGAUGAUAGUGUUGAGGCACCGGGGUUGGAGAUGCUGAGGAGCUUGCCCUGGCGAAAUUCCGGGAUUUAUGUUCAUCGUAGUUGUCUGUGAGAUUGAGGCUUCUGGAAAUUUCAUGCGUGUUGGAGAUUCAUAUUGCUAUAUUGCACGGAAAUGCGUGAUCUGAGGGGCAUUCUGUGCUUGAGAGGAUCUCGUCUCAGACAGGAACUUUAAAAUUGGAUGCUGGAUUUCGUGUUUUUUUUAUAUUUUUCCGUCGUUGGGAGGGGCUUCAUUGUGAUGGGAUAUGCUUUGUUGCGCUAUCUGUUUCCAUGAGGUCUAGCUUUGGAGAAAGGCAUUGGGGUGGAACUUGGGUUAUUGCUUUGUUGACUUCAGAUUCUACUACAAGGAACAUCUUGGAAGUGAAGAGGGAUAAUUGCGAGCUAGUUUUCUCCGGCAAUCAUGUUUUCUUCCGGAGUGGAUGCUUCACAGGACUUAAGUGGGACUGCAGGCGCUGUGCUAAUUCCCACACGGUUCGUAUGGCCACAUGGGGGAAGAAGAGUGUUUUUGAUUGGCUCUUUUACAAGGUGGUCUGACCAUUUACCUAUGUCUCCAAUGGAGGAUCGCCCUACUGCAUUUCAGGCUAUUUGUAACUUGACUCCGGGAUUGCAUCAGUACAAAUUCUUUGUUGAUGGUGAAUGGCGUCAUGAUGAGAAUCAGCCUCAUAUGUCUGGCAAUUAUGGUAUAGUGAACAAUUUGUUACUAACCAAUGAGAAUAAUCUUGUUCCUUCAAUUCUGAGUCCUGGGGCUUCUGGUAGCAGAGAAAUGGACGUGGAUAAUGAAACUUUUCGACGCACGGUUAAUAUUUCUGGCAGUUCGGUACAAGAAGCAGCUCUAAGAAUAUCUGAAGCUAACAUAGAGCUGUUCCGUAAUCAAAUUUCUAUUUUCUUGCUCUCAAAUACUGCUUAUGAUUUGCUUCCAGAUUCUGGCAAGGUCAUUGCUCUAGAUGUCAAUUUGCCGGUGAAACAAGCUUUCCAUAUCCUAUAUGAACAGGAAAUUCCUGUUGCUCCUUUGUGGGACUUACACAGGGGACAGUUUGUGGGAAUGCUGAGUGCUUUGGAUUUCAUUCUGAUACUAAAGGAGCUUGGAAACCAUGGUUCUAAUCUUACUGAGGAAGAGCUUGAGACACAUACAAUUUCAGCAUGGAAAUUGGUAAAGAGACAACGUUAUGGUCAACUUGAUGUGCAUGGAAGGCCAAUUGAAAGAGCUUUAGUUCAUGCUGGUCCAUAUGACACAUUGAAGGAUGUAACUAUAAAGAUAAUCGAGAAUGAGGUGGCUACAGUCCCCAUUAUCCAUUCUAUGUCACCAGAUGGAUCAUUCCCUCAAUUAUUACAUCUUGCUUCUCUCUCAGGAAUUCUUAGAUGUAUUUGUAGACAUUUUAGACACUCUUCAAGUUCUUUGCCUAUAUUACAGCAACCAAUUUGCAACAUCCCGAUGGGUACUUGGGUGACAAAAAUUGGGGAAGCAAAUAGAUCUCCAUUAGCAAUGCUCAGACCCAAUGCAUCACUUGGUUCUGCUUUAUCUUUGCUAGUAGAAGCUCGUGUUAGCUGUAUUCCAAUAGUUGAUGAUGAUGACGUUUUGUUGGAUACAUAUUCGAGAAGUGACAUCACAGCUCUGGCCAAAGAUAGAGCCUAUGCACAGAUUCACCUCGAUAAAAUGACCGUCCAUCAGGCAAUGCAGCUUGCUGAGGAUACAAAUUCUGCGUAUGGGUACAGUACUGAGCAGAGAAGCCAGACGUGUUUUCGGACUGAAACCUUACAGAGAGUAAUGGAGCGGUUGUCCAGCCCUGGUGUGAGGCGGCUCAUCAUUGUGGAGGCUACAGGCUACCGUGUGGAAGGAAUUAUUUCUCUAAGUGAUUUAUUUAAGUUUUUGCUUGGUUAGAGCUCAAAUUUUAUUUUGGGAGUAAAAACAAGGGGA